CAGAAAAACGAAACCUACCAUCUAACUGUCCACCCCUCGUUUAGGUGAUGAAACGAAAACUCUCAAAAAGCCGUUGGGAGAUCCUACAAUCUCACCAUACUCGACAGUUCCAUUCCCCGCCAAAAGCGCAUGCAAACUGCACUCAGCGCGUUCUUCUCAUUCAUCGAAGAAUGCUCUUUCCGGCCACCUAUCACACCGAAUCCCUAACAUCACCGCAUUCUCUCCGAUCCGCCUGACCAUAUUCCUCGCCGAUCGAGCUCCCUGUUCACGGGAUCCAACUCUUUCGUUUCAGGAAUUUCAAAUCGCUAUACUCGAGAAAUGCAGGGAGCUCCUGUUGAUAUCGUAGUAGGUUCCAAGGUAUGGAUCGAGGAUCAGCCGGUUUCUUACACUGAUGGAAAAGUCUCAAGUAUUGAUGGACAGAAAGUUGAGAUCCAAACGGUUGAUGGACGGAAGGUUGUAUCAAGUUUAUCAAAGGUGUAUCUCCAAGAUGAUGAUACUCCUGAAUGUGGAUUUGAUGACAUGACCAAACUCUCAUAUUUUCAUGAACCUGGGAUCUUGCAUAAUUUGUCAAGAAGAUAUCAUCUAAAAAGUUUUUAUACUUAUACUGGAAGUAUUCUUAUCGCAAUUAAUCCAUUCCAAAAACUGCCUGACUUGUAUGAUGUUCAUACGAUGGAACAAUACAAAGGAGCUUCUCGUGGAGAAUUUAGUCCUCAUGUAUUUGCAAUUGCUGACAUUGCUUUCAGGGCAAUGAUCAAUGAAGGCAAAAGUAACUCUAUCCUGGUUAGUGGUGAAAGUGGUGCGGGUAAAACUGAAACUACCAAAAUGCUCAUGCGUUAUCUUGCCUAUCUGGGAGGACGAAAAGGUACUGGAGGGCGAAAUGUAGAACAACAAGUUCUGGAGUCAAAUCCAGUUCUUGAAGCAUUUGGCAAUGCUAAAACUGUAAGAAAUAAUAAUUCCAGCCGUUUUGGGAAAUUUAUUGAGCUUCAAUUCGACAAUUAUGGGAGAAUAUCUGGAGCAGCUAUUAGAACUUAUCUCCUAGAGAGAUCUCGUGUUUGCCAAGUAUCCGAUCCUGAGCGAAACUAUCAUUGUUUCUACCUUCUUUGUGAAGCACCAGAAGAGGAAAUUAAAAGAUACAAGUUAGGGAGUCCUAAAUCAUUUCGUUACCUGAAUCAAUCAAAUUGCUACAAAUUGGUUGGAGUUAGUGAUGCUCAGGAUUAUCUUGCAACAAGAAGAGCAAUGGAUAUUGUCGGAAUUAGUGAAAAAGAACAAGAAGCAAUAUUUAGGGUUGUGGCAGCCAUUCUGCAUCUUGGGAACAUUGAGUUUGCAAGGAAUGGUGAUACUGACUCAUCAGUUCUUAAAGAUGAGAAAUCAAAGUUCCAUCUUCAAACAACAUCAGAGCUUCUAAUGUGUGACGUUAACGUACUUGAAGAUGUACUAUUGACGCGAUCUUUGGCCAUCCCUGAAGAUGUUAUCAAGAAAUGUCUUGAUCCUGAAAAUGCAGCAGUUAGUAGGGAUGCUUUAGCAAAAACUAUAUAUUCUCGCUUAUUUGACUGGUUGGUCGAAAAAAUUAAUAACUCUAUUGGACAAGAUCCAAAAUCAAAGUCACUAAUUGGCAUUCUCGACAUUUAUGGUUUUGAAAGUUUUGAAAGUAACAGUUUUGAACAAUUCUGCAUUAAUUAUACGAAUGAGAAGCUGCAACAACAUUUCAACCAGCAUGUGUUCAAGUUAGAGCAGGAGGAAUACAAUAAGGAAGGGAUUGAUUGGAGCUAUAUAGAAUUUGUUGAUAACCGAGAUGUUCUGGAUCUUAUUGAAAAGAAACCUGGAGGGAUCAUUGCUCUUCUUGAUGAAGCAUGUAUGUUUCCCAAGUCAACUCAUGAAAGUUUUUCACAAAAACUUUAUCAGACUUUCAGUGGUCACAAAAACUUCAUCAAACCAAAACUGGCCCGUAGUGAAUUCUCGAUUGCUCAUUAUGCUGGAGAGGUACUAUACCAGUCUGAUCAAUUUUUAGAUAAGAAUAAAGACUACAUCGUUCCUGAGCAUCAAGGUCUGCUAUGUUCUUCUAAGUGCCCAUUUGUGGCUGGACUCUUACCUCCUCUUUGUGAGGAGACAAGUAAACUUUCCAAGUUUUCAUCUAUUGGUUCUCGUUUUAAGCUACAACUCCAACAAUUGAUGGACGUUCUUAAUUCGACUGAACCUCAUUAUAUCAGAUGUAUGAAGCCAAAUAAUCUCCUAAAGCCUUCCAUUUUCGAGAAUGCAACCAUUUUGCAUCAACUUCGUUGCAGCGGAGUUAUAGAAGCAGUUAGAAUUAGUUGUGCUGGCUACCCUAUGCGUAAAACAUUCUCUGAAUUUCUUAAACGGUUUGGUAUUCUUGCUCCAGAAGUGCUGGUUGGGACCUAUGAAGAAAAAGAUGCCUGCAAAAUGAUCUUUGAAAAAAUGAGGCUUCCUUGUUCUCAGAUUGGCAAGACAAAAGUAUUUCUAAGAGCGGGUGAGAUGGGUCAACUGGAGGCAAUGAGGACCCAUAAGCUCAGCAUUGCAGCCAAGAGAAUUCAAAGGAAUAUUAAAAGCCGUAUUGAGCGGAAAUACUUUCUUGAUCUGCAGAAGGCUGCAAUCUGUAUACAGUCUUCAUGCCGAGCCACGCUUGCUUGCAAAUUGUGUGAAAAUAUAAGAAGGGAGGCAUCUUCUCUCAGAAUCCAGAGAAGUUUGCGUGGACACUUUGCUAGAAAAUCUUAUAGGAAGCUUAAGUCCGCAGUCAUUAUUCUUCAGAAAAGGACACGGACAUUAGCUGCAUUCAAGAAUUGCAGACGCAAAUAUCAAAAUAAGUUUGCAACUAUCAUACAAGCUCAUUGGCGUGGUUAUAGAGCCUUCUUAUACUAUAAGAGACUAAUAAGGGCAUCAAUUGUAACACAGUGCUGCUGGAGAGGAAGGAUUGCAAGGAAAGAGCUUGAAAGGUUGAUGACGUAUUCAGGAGAUGCGGAGGGUCAGAAAAUAUCAGUCCCUGUUGAAGAUGCAGAAAAGAUCAAUGAUCUAACUGCAGAAGUGGAAAGAUUAAAGAUUCUAUUGCAAUCUGAAAAGCAACGUGCAGAUGAUUGUGAGAGGAAAUGUGCAGAAGCUCUGGAAUCAAGUGAAGAAAAGCGUCUAAAGUUAGAAGAGUCUGAAAGAAGAGUUCACCGACUUCAAGAAUCACUAAACAGGAUGUUAUGCAGCAUAUCAGAUCAAUUUUCAGAGCUAAAAGUGAUAUUAAGUGCCUCGUCCAGCUCAAGCUCAACUUCCAGAUUAAUUUCUAGAUACCAUCAUGAUGAUGCUACAACUUCCUCUGAUGCUGCAUCCACAUUCCCAGCUCCUGCUUCAACAUCAGAGAACUUGUCUUUGCCUCCUGAUCCUGCCUCUUUCCAGCUUAUAGUUCAAGAUCUUUCAGCAGCAGAAAUAGCAGGAUAUGAAAACUGGGAAAGCGACAGAGAGGGGGCAUUCGACGACUUCUUUUGAUGAAAAGUUUCUUUAAACUUUUUUGCAUCUUAUCUGGGACCUAUUGGAGUCAUGUAUCCGCCUCAUCCAGAAUUGGGCUAUUUCACUCACACAGGGAUCUUUUCAUGCUAUUCAAAUUAUUCUCCCAACUGAAUCUACAUUUGAGCAUACUUGUUUGAGAAACUCCUAAACAUGGACAUUCCUAAUCUUGGGUUCGAAUCGGAUAUCCUUCAAGGUCUCAGCUUCUUUGUUGAUGAAUUCAUAUUGAGAAAACCACAUGCAAUUAUCAGCAUUCAUGUUAUAUGCCAUUGGCUUAAUAGUUUCUAUUAGGUCAUUACCUGUACUGGAAAUAGUUUGUACAUGGAGGACCAUUUGAGUCAUGUUCAUAUUCCUCGAUCUUAUAUGAUUACAUGAGCCUGCUCUCCAUAAAUUGUCAACCCCUUUCAGCCCUGAUGAUGCGAUGUCAUUCAUUUAUAUUCCUCCAUCCCAAACCUGCUCAAAUACAUGGUGUUUGAAUGAAAGGCGCACAAAGAAGUUCCAUUUAAACUUUAGUUCUGGCCAUGCAACUCAUACUAUCCUUCUUAUACCUUAACUUCAACUUCUCUGUUGUUUGAACGCCUCUUAUUGAGAUGAGAAUGUUUCUUGUUAGCAAUGGCUUCUCAAAUCUGGGUAUAAACAUUGGUAGUACAAAGAAGCGUACUUGGAGCCUCUUUUACGUGCCAUUUUGAGAGUAUACUUUACUAAACUGCUUUCUACUACAUAACAGAAGGGAUGUGGGGGCUGUGCAUGAAAGAAGCUCAGCACAUAAGAUAGGCAGCAUGAUUUCUGGACUUCUGGAAUUGAUGGAGAUGCUGAACUUAACCUCAUUACAAAAGAAUAUGAAGGAAAAUAGUACUCUAAAGUAUUCAGUUCUUGGAUUGCCGCCAUUGAUGCUUGUUAUAUUGAUGAUUGUGACCAUGGCAGCCAGGCAGGGAGCUAUAGAAGCAGAGUUACUAUUCACUGUGCUGUCUACCAUGAGCAUAAAAGUUCUUUUGAACUUUUUAAAUUGUUCGUUCUUCCUGGUUCAGAAAUUGGAAACAGGAUACGCCCCUGACGAGUUGGACGAAUAUACCGCGGAACUUAUUGUGCCCUUAUCACUGCUGCAAGGUUCUGCCUUUUCAACAGAUCUAGCAUCACUCUCUUGCCAACAACUAAGAUUUCCCACCACUGCUUCCAAGAGUUGAUCUGUCUUGCUCUCACUCAGUAACAGACUGCUAUCACCCGUUUCGGCAUUUUCUGAUUCCCAGAGAUUGGCAAUUCUACCCUUUUGAAAAGCAGGUCCUAAUGCUUCAUAUAGCUCACAUCCAGCAUAGUAGUAGCUUAAAGGAGUCUGAUUUGUGUCCAAAUCAUUAGAGUGGAAUGAGUUCUUAUCUAAAUCUUUAUGUAAACCGGCACUGGGAAGAACCGGCAAGGACCAUGAUGCAUUUGGAUCACUAGCAUCAUACUUGAGAGUUUUGUUAUUAUCUUCUAAGAAUGACUCUCUUAAGUUGAUAGCUUCUAGUUUGCUCAUUGUAGGAAUGGUUUCCUGCACCUGUCCUUCACUUUUAUGCCCCAUGAUGAAACUUUCAGAAAUUGGUGCCCCAGGAUUACCUUCACUCUUGUUGGGAACUUCAAGAAUUUUUAUAUUUGUGUAAGUUGAAGGAUAAGAUACACUACGGGAAUGAUGAGCGUGUGUUCCAUGUCCAAGAGAUGCAUAUUUAGAAGAGAGAAUAUUCGUACCUCUUUCCUUACUUCUGUCUUGAUGAUUAUUAAUGCAAUUAAGAUAGGUAGUUGAGGUUCUAGUGGACACAUCUGACUGGAAAAAAUAAAAAGCAGUAUUAUAUUUGAUGGAAUGAAUUAAUUGCAACUUCCACUUCUAGUCCUGGGACAUUAGGUCAUUUCCAUUUUAUCAUUGGCAUUCAUCUUUUUCCCUUUUGGUGCACGGCUAAGGCUUGACCCAGCCCGCUUCCUGGUAUGGGUAAGGGAGGAACCAGAACCCUAACCGGGUAAAUUAGUUCUGGGUUUUUGACCUAUUUCCAAAACAGAAAAAGGAACCAGAAUCGGUCAGUUGUGGUCCUAUUUUGGAUGAACUGGAACAAAUUCCAAUCCACAACUAAAAAACAGGUUCAGGUUUGGUCCUUUUACCCACACGGUUGCAAUCUGGCAUGGUUCUGCAACUGGGUCCAGC